AUGGGAUCAACUCGACUCGGGCCCGACCUUGGUCUUGAUUCAAAUGCCAACACCCCCAACGAUGAAUACCCCCGUUACUUCAGCUCUGGCGACGAGGCCACCGUCCCUCCUUCUCGCGAGGACUCGGACCCGUCACAGGAUGAUAACGGCGAGUUGUGGCCUCGAGACCAGCAACAGAAGACUGCAACCUACGACUAUGCCUAUGAAAAGUCUAUGAGUCACGCUGAGGCAAAACUCUUCUAUCAACAUCACCAACAGGCCUCGAAGACAGGAGCUGGAUCGGGCGAGAACACCGCUCAAGGUGUCCCCGUGAGCCCGGUGCCCACAAAUAGCUCCAUCGUCGAGUCCAACGAAGGAAGUAGCUCGUUCCACGGAGAUUCCUCUCGCCCUCGAGGAAACUCCAUCAUGCUUGACGCAGAGUGGUAUCCUUCUACCGUAUCCCAGACUGGCGGCGAUGGUACUCAGCCCAACAGUGCCCAACUGGCCGCAGAUCUCGCCGCUCGAAGCCAUGCAGCCACGUUCAGUCCCGCCCAGACUUCACACAUCGCCGCGGCAGAAGGCCUCCAAGGGAAUGGCCUCGGCAUUGGUGGUCUCCCCCAAGGUGCCAAUGGGUUCGCACCAAGUGGUGAUCCUGUGAGUUCCGAGUUGAGUUCGAUCUACCGCAAGAUUAAGGGUCUCUUGGAUCGUCGAACCAAGUAUAUGGAACUUUCGCUCCAACGACCAGGAGAUAAUCCCCGUGAUGCACCUGACUGGGUUCUCUACCCACCACCGCCAGAGCCCGCUUGGGACGAUGGUAAGGAAUACCAACCGGGGACCACCGGGGGCUCCUCUGAUUUAAAUGAGAAGAAGAGAAAGAUGGGCGAGGAUAUUGGUGAAGACUUCGAUCUGGAAGAGCAGAUGCCCGUUCCCGGCCCAUCGGAUUGGACAUACCGUUUGGACCGGAGUAGUGUCUACCAGGUCUAUGAGUCGGAAGACGCCAAAGAGCCUGCCGUUCACAUCCCCUCGUUGCGGGACUUCUACAUGGAUUUGGAUGCCGUGGUGGAUGUCUCGACGGACGGACCGGCCAAGAGCUUUGCCUUCAAGCGUCUCUCCUACUUGGAAGGCAAGUAUCAGCUGUACACCCUCUUGAAUGAAUAUCAGGAAGUCGCAGACAGCAAGAAAGUCCCCCACCGUGACUUUUACAACGUCCGAAAGGUCGACACUCACGUUCAUCACUCGGCGUGUAUGAAUCAGAAGCAUUUGCUUCGUUUUAUCAAGAGCAAGAUGCGCAAAUCCCCCGAUGAGGUGGUUCUCUUCCGUGAUGGGAAGCAUCUGACUCUGCGAGAAGUAUUUGAAAGUAUCAACUUGACUGCUUACGAUCUCAGUAUUGAUACCUUGGAUAUGCACGCUCACACCGAUUCUUUCCAUCGCUUUGACAAAUUCAAUCUCAAAUACAACCCCGUUGGCGAAUCUCGUCUCCGUGAAAUCUUCUUGAAGACAGACAACUACAUCAAGGGCCGAUACCUGGCCGAGAUUACGAAAGAAGUCAUCUCCGAUCUGGAGUCCAGCAAAUAUCAAAUGGUCGAAUGGCGAAUCUCCAUCUAUGGACGAUCUCCCGACGAGUGGGACAAGCUGGCCGCGUGGGUGGUCGACAACAAACUGUUCUCCCCCAACGUCCGCUGGUUGAUUCAAGUGCCCCGUCUCUAUGAUGUCUACAAGUCCAGCGGUAUGAUGGAAAACUUCGAACAGGUCAUCACCAAUGUUUUCCAACCUCUGUUUGAGGUGACCAAGGAUCCUUCCAGCCAUCCCAAGCUCCACAUCUUCCUGCAACGCGUCGUUGGAUUUGACAGUGUCGAUGACGAAAGCAAAACGGAGCGCCGCUUUUACCGCAAGUAUCCCAUCCCGCGAGACUGGGAUACUAAGCAGAAUCCCCCCUACAGCUACUGGCUGUACUUCAUGUUCGCCAACAUCGCGUCCCUCAACCAAUGGCGGAAGCGCCGGGGGUUCAACACGUUCGUGCUCCGGCCACACUGCGGUGAAGCGGGUGACCCAGACCAUUUGGCCGUGGGCUUCCUUGCGUGCCAUAGUAUCAGUCACGGCAUCUUACUGCGCAAGGUCCCUCUGCUUCAAUAUCUUUACUACUUGCACCAGAUUGGUAUCGCCAUGUCUCCGCUGAGUAACAAUGCCCUGUUCCUCACCUACGACAAGAACCCAUGUGCCAGCUUCUUCAAGCGUGGACUCAAUGUCUCCCUGUCAACCGAUGACCCGUUGCAAUUCGCAUUCACGAAGGAACCCCUGAUCGAGGAAUACUCGGUUGCCGCUCAGAUCUACAAAUUCAGUGCCGUCGACAUGUGUGAACUCGCCAAGCAUUCCGUCGACCAGAGUGGAUUCGAAAUUGCUUUGAAGAAGAGGUGGCUUGGUGAUAAUUGCAGUGAGCCCGGUGUCGCUGGUAACAAUGUCGCCAAGAGUAACGUGCCUGAUAUUCGCGAGGCAUUUCGGAACGACACUCUCGCUGCGGAGUUAUCCCUUGUUGAACGGUACGCCGAGGGCUCUGGAGUUGAUGAGCGCAGUGCCUUGGCUCCGGGGUUGCUGCAUACAGCUCAGCAGGCGUCUGUCAAGCCUGCUGGUGCUAAGCCUUGA